AUGACAAAGGGUACUUCAAGUUUCGGUAAACGUCAUACAAAGACACACACUUUAUGCCGUCGUUGCGGUAGUCGUGCUUUUCAUAAUCAAAAAAAAAAAUGUGCUCAGUGUGGUUAUCCUUCCGCAAAAACCAGAAGCUAUAACUGGAGCGAAAAAGGAAAACGCAGAAAAACUACUGGAACUGGUCGUAUGCGUUAUUUAAAACAUUUACCUCGGCGUUUUAAAAAUGGCUUUCGUGAGGGAACUGUGGCCAAAAAACGAGCAGCUCCAGCUGCUUUUCACAAAGUAAGGGCUCAUGGCCAAAUGGAUAAGGCGCCUGACUACGAAUCAGGAGAUUCCAGAUCAUUUUCUAUAACUUUAUUAAAUCAUCAAUCGAAAUUCUUUUGUUAUUAUUAUUCACGACAACCUAAUAAUUCUAUAAAAUCUCUGUUGAAUGAUCAUGUUAUUUCAUCAAAAUAUUCUACAACAACAACAAUUUCUUCUUCAAAGGGAAAAACCGAAAUUGAACCAAAUGUAAUUUAUAAAGGUCCAUUGGCACAAACUUGCCGAAGAUUAAAAUUAUUUUCGAUAGGGUCUUUAUUAAGUACGAUAGCAAUUACACCUUUUAUUUUCUUUUUGGAUAGUGCAUUGAAUAAUAAGGCUUUAUCCUUGGUAGCAUUUAUUUUGAUAUCAACAAGUGCUUCAUCAACAAGCCUUAUUCAUUGGUUUUUAUCACCAUACGUCACCAAAAUUUUUAAAAUUCCUUCUACUACCACUACUUCUCCUCCUGAAGAUCAUAAAAAUAUUGAUAAUGAUGGUAAAUCAUCUUUAAAGAUUACACCUGAUACUUUCCUAACUUUCGAAACACUCACGUUAUUUAGCACACCAAAAUUCACCACUUUGCAAGUUAAAUCUUUGGAACCUUCCACAAGAGUAUUAACAACUUGGAAAAUUAAAAAUAAUUAUGAAAAGGAUUUAAGUGCUGUCACGAAGUCGGGUAAAAAAACAAAACCCAAGAAAUUAUUUUAUGUUAAUACAGAAUUAUAUGAAAAUUCAGAAUUUCAAGAUGUAAUAAAGCACAUUCGAUAA